AUGGAGAACGGGACGACCAUUGAUGCGAUCCCGCGCGUGAUGCACACGCUGACGUUGGCGCACGAGCGCUCGUUCCCGCUGGAUCUCACGCGACGGGCGAAUUCGGCGUGGACGGUGCGAACGUACGACGUCGAGGAGGGACGGGAGUACGUGCGGGAGAAUUGCGAGGGACGGCUGGAGGCGUACGACGGGCUCGCGCCGACGGCGUUCAAGGCGGAUUUAUUGCGGUAUUGCAUCUUGUACACGGAGGGUGGGGUGUGGAUCGACGACGAUAUCGUCGUCGUGGAUGCGUUGGAUGAUUUAGUGCGCGACGCCCGGCACGAGUUGCUGUUGGUGUACGAUCGAAACGUGUACAAGAGCGCGGGCGGGCCGGGGCAGGUGUGGAACGCGUUCAUGUGCGCGCGCCGGGGGAGCGCGGUGUUCGAGCGGGCGAUGGAUAAGAUUUCUGAAAACGUCAGAAAACGUGCCGUCUAUUAUCACUCAUUGUAUUACACCGGUCCGGCGCUGUUGUACGACAGCAUUGAACCGAGCGAUAGCGUGGAGUAUCGGUGGCAGAUGCAGACGAGACCCGCGAUGUCGACGGGGAGUCAAAGGAUCGCGGAUGUCGCGACGGACCGCGAGGUCUUGUUACAUUUUAAGCUUCCUAGGACGACGACGCACUACAGUACGUUAUCUAGGUCGAAGGCUGUGUACGAGUAG